UGUUGACUUACGUGGGUCCUGGCAGACCAAUGUGUUUACAUAAAUAUAACGAGGAUGGGGGGAGGGGCGGAGGUCGAAUAUGUAAACAGACGGGACGUAGAGAGCAGUCCGCGCGUGUUUCACAUCAGUCGGUCUGCUGCGACAACCAGUGUCGGACGUCAGUGCCAGAGUGAACCCUCGGUGUUAGAUCGCUGAAGGGAGGAGUAGGGCCGGCCGGCUGGGCAACAUUUCCCGUAGCCUGCAGGCCUUGUCCGCUGGUGCGGUAACCAGCAGCCCUCCGAGGCCUCCCUCCGGGUGCGUCAUGUCCGUCUCCGGCGCGCCGCCGACCGCCGCCGCGCCGCCGCCACCACCGUGCUGUGUGUGCAGCGGCCGUCUUCCCGGUACCGAGUACUGGGACAUGGAGAAGACCUCCACUUCCUCGGAACCCACCCCGCUGUCGGAGGUGGCGCGCCGGCUGCGGCUGGGCGGACCUGCUGCCGCCCAGGUGAUGGCAGCACCCCGACUCGUCUGCGACAAAUGCGCGGACCUUCUCAACAACUACCACCGACACUUUUCGCUGGCCAUGCGCUAUGUGGGGGCACUGAUCCUGCGGGUCGGAUCUCGGGGACUGGUGUGCUCCUGGACUGAUCAGGAGGCCUCAGCCGAAGAGCCGUUUGAUGGAAGUGUGAAGUUCCCAACCGACCGACAGUGCGGACCGCAGGGAGGUGGCGAGUACGGAGGCACGACACCAAUGGAAUUGAAGAAGGACAAUGGACAGAGUGGCGUCACGGGUGGCGAGGGUGGCGGACGAGGUGACGCAGUCGCAGUUCCCGAGCGAAGCCCGACUGUAGAGCCAGCCGAGCAAGUCAGCGUCAUCGCCAGCACGGCCGAAAGUGACACCACACCACCGCCUCAACGCUGUCGAGCUGGCCGGAGCAGAGGCCGUGCGUCUCAACCCACAGUCACUGAGACACCAACGGAGGAGACACCGCGAGAUUCACAGCAGGGUGGUUCCGAUUCGGCUGCAGCCAGAAAUUCUGCCAUUGCUCUGGAAGGCAUGCACCUGACAGCUGGCCAAUCUGACCAUGGGAAGCCCAAAACACCAUCAAGCUCAACUGCAACCGGUCGUGGAGCGACCCAGUCGACGCAGAAAUCUCUGGACGGCCCCAGCUCCAGCCAGGAGCCAUCGCAAACCGCUGACGACGAACUACAAUGCUACUGUGGCAAGCGCUUCAAAAAGCUCUCUCAGCUGACCGCGCAUCAACGUGUGCACACUGGCGAGAAACCGUACAUGUGUCCAUACUGCGGCAGUGUGUUCCGACUCUCCAAGUACCUGACCAGCCACCUGCGUACUCACACCAACGAGCGGCCGUACACCUGCGAGCAAUGCGGCCGUGCCUUCAAGGAGCCGCAGGCACUGCACGUCCACCAGCGCAUCCACACGGGCGAGCGCCCCUUUCGUUGCGUUGUCUGUGAGCGCACCUUCACCCAGAGCGGCCACUUGCAGGCGCACCAGCGCACGCAACACGUGGUGAGCUCGGCGAGCUCCCGCGUACCCGGCACGUACACGUGCUCCACGUGUGGUGCAUGGUUCAAGCGCGCUUCCGCGCUGCACAACCACGAGCGAACGACGCACGGUAACCGGAACUUCCAGUGCGACGGCUGCGGCAAACGGUUCGCGCUGGCGUCGCAGCUUGAUACGCACACGCGCAUCGUGCACGAGGCCCAGCGGCCCUUCAUGUGCGAACAGUGCGGCCGCACCUUCUCCCAGAACGGUCACCUCAAGUCGCACCUGCUCACGCACACGGGCGAGCGGCCGCACAAGUGCCAGCAGUGCGGGCGCGAGUUUGCGCGACGUGAUGCGCUCAAGGUGCACGAGCGCAAGCACACGGGUUCACGUCCGUUCCGGUGUCUGCACUGUGGCCGGUCGUACGCGCACCGCUCCGGCCUGCGCGGCCAUGCCAGCACGUGCCCGAAGAUGGCGGGACGCGCCGCUAUCGCCAAGAAAAGUAGGUAGUGGAUCAAGAUGAU